AUGGAAAUGCAAAUGACCGAUAAAGUGGAGAUGGACAUUCCAGAAAGUGUGGGCAUUGUGAUGUUGGAUGUUGGUGGCACGAUGUUCAAGACGUCCAAAAGUAUGUUGUUACGGAUGGAAGGCAGCUACUUCCACGCGUUGUUGGGGUCUGGUCUGUGGAAGCCCGACUCUGCUGGCGACGCGUACUUCUUGGACCUGGACCCCCACCUCUUUCGCCAUGUGUUAACGUUUCUGCAGACGGGCGAGGUGUCGACGAGUGGAUUCUCGGACAUCGAAUGCGCCGAGUUUGAAGCCAUGUUGGAGUACCUGAAGCUGAUCGUUCCAAAGUUCCAGUGGGACUUGACUGCACGUGCUCAAUACUUUACGCUGUCGAAUUACUUUCGAACGAUCGAGCGGAAGGCGGCACAGAAUGGAAAGUGGACUUCUGUCGUGGUCAAGCAGGCACUGGUGGAAGGGGAUUUUCGCAUUCGUGUGGAUUCUAGCCACGAGAAUCACCAUUUCAUUAUCGGGCUUGCGCCAAAGCGCGAUGCCUCGCGCAUCACGUGCUGUGUUAGCUUUUACCCAAGUGGCGAAGUGUACAAGCAAGCGCUCGUCGGCACUCUACGACCUAUCCGGGCAGGUGACGUGUUAACGAUUCGGCGCGGUCCAAGCCAUGUUGAGUUUAUUGUGAACGACGGACCACGACAAAAUGUGGAGUUGGAGGACCCGUCCGAAGAAUUGUUUCCUCGGUUACACACGUGGCGCCAAGGAACGAAAAUGACAAUCCUUGGCGAGUGA